UAACCUUUUAGUGGUAUAGCGGUUUGUUCGACAGUACCUAAUAUAUGCAGUCAAGGUUUCUAUUGGUCAACCAUUCAAUCUGUAAGGGAGCAUUGUGUGAUAGAGCCGAUCAUCCUCCCUCGCAUCUUCUUACAGCUUGGCGGGACUCUAAGUUUCCUUUCAAAAUAUCAAACAAUAUACGAAGUAGUCAUUUGAUUUAAAAAAAAAAAAAAAGCCCUACACAAGGUAUCUAUCUACUUAUGACUUGGGUACUAACUACGAUGUACCGUUUAAAUAUAGAGACCAAUCAAGUCAUUCGAGCCAAAAAGGGGGCUAUCAUUACUACAUUUCACUGAUCUGCAACCAAGCUCCAAACACCUUGGCUUCAACAAUUACCAACUUUCAAGGGAAUAUUACAGAGAUAUUGCCAGUCGUAGAGCUCUCUCGAUUAUUAGUUGAACGACUAUAUUCUCUUCAAUUGAUCGUGCCAGAAACCAUGUCUUCCCAGAGGAAAUUCCAGGUGACUUCAGGAGGCGAAGAACGUGUCGGUAGAGUUGUUGACGUGCUAGGCCCAGCUUUCGAGUUCGACCCCAUAUUCAGAUUCGAGCUUCAAAACUUCUCCCUAGCCGAGCAAAAGCGGAUACUACCAAACCUCUUUCACAGCUUCUUCUUUGCUAGUGCCAUUAACGAUGGCAUGCUACUCGAGGCGGACAACUUCGGGUCUUGUGCUAUUCUCAUGCCGCCCGGAAAGACAAAUGACAACUUCUGGACCGUGCUCCGAGCCGGCCUGAUACCCAGACUCUUCACCAUCGGACCCGCUGCUUGUAAGCGAAUCGUUUUAGACUACCCCGGCGCGAAUAAAGCCGCAAUGGCGAAAGCCCUCACGCCUGCCGAACAGAAAGCACACUGGUACGUCUUCAUCAUGGCGACAGCAGUGGACCGUCGUCGGGAAGGGCUUGCAAGCACGUUACUUGUGUACAUGAAAGACAAAGCCCGAAGUGAUGGACGCCCGCUCUGGAUCGAGGCUACAACAGUGGUGUCUCGGGACCUUUAUGCCAAGCACGGCUUCGAGGUCGUGACUGAAGUUAAUCUUGGAAAGGGGCAAGUUGGUCCUGACGGUUUGGUGAAGAAGGAUGGUGAAGGAGUUACAGUAUGGCCGAUGGUAUGGCGUCCUGAGUAUUAGCCAGCAGGGAGUUAUGUUGCGAGUACGAUUGUUGUGUAAAAAAUGUAUAAUAAUAUUAGAAUUGGGAAUCCAUGGACCUGAUCUCAAAGUGAAAGGUUUACUUAACUAUUUCGGAAAGGUAGGUAGAAGUAUCUUCAUCCGGAUUGAAGUACCAAGGGAGUUUCACGGUGUGAGAGCG